AUGAGUAGUGUAAGACCUCCAAUAAUCGAUAUUGCUCCUGGCGAGAGCCAUAUAGCAUUACGAUAUCCCAAUAAAUGUUUCUAUGUGCCGCAAGUAUUUCAUAGUUCAAAGACUUUUGGUAUGGUGGCACCUUUAUUCAUAAAUGAUAUUAAUGAAAGUCCCGUACUUGAGACUAUCUAUGGACCUAAUGCAACUUAUGCUCGAGAUGCGAUUUUAAUUAACAAUCAUCCCGUACGACGAGUUAAGUUGUUUGGAAAAGUUGUGGGGGAGCGAUACAGAGAUUUUGGGUUUGGGAAUAGAAAUAAUCAUAUUAUGGUUACUAUUGAUGAUUCAUCUUCAUCGUCGCGUCUGCAAAUACCAGUUAAGAUUGAUGAAUCGAAAUAUAUUGCCAAGGGCUUUAGUUUUGGAAAUAAUUAUGGAAAAUUGAUAGAGAUUUGUGGGGUUUGUACAUUUCGGUUUGGUGAACGAGAGAUUAGAUCAGAUUUCGUGAAUGUAUUAGGAAAUGAAUAUGAUAUUCAUAUUGAGAUUGACCGUUGGAACGAGAGGUUAGAAUUCAGACGUGACGUAUUAAGUAUCCCGUGGGUAUAUACUCCUCCUAAUAGGGCUAUCAUUGAAGGUGAUAACUUUACUGAUGAAGUACGGUUUGAAAAAGUUGAAUCUUUAAGACGUUUCCAUAGAGAGAACUUACGAUUAAGCAGUAGUGAUGAUUUCAGUCAAAUGCCAGAUUUAGUAAGAGAAGAUUCUAUGAUAAUUAAUCAUAGACGGUAUCAAGAAAGCACGCCAGAGAUAAUUGAAAUUAGUGAUGAUGAAGACUAUGAACAAGAUCUGCAAGAAUUUCAAAUUAAACAUAGACCAAUCUUAUCACCUCACAAGAGCCAAACAAGACAAGAAGAAGAAAUCAAAAUUAUUGACAUCAAAGAAGCAUCAAUUCAUAUUAUCACUGAAUUGCAACUCACUAUUGAAUUUUUAAUGUUUAUUAUAAAGCGUGAAUUCGAGACAUUCCAAUUGGUCGAUAUUUAUAAAGACACUACAUAUUUCAACCAUCUAACCAACUUUGUUCAAUUGCAACUAGCAUUAAGUCAACUCCAAGCUUCUCCAAGAAGAACCACCUUGAAAUUUCAGCAAGAAAUCCUAUUCCAUAAGAUUCGUCAUACUUUACAAGUAGACUAUAAACUAAUAUCAGUGACAAAAUCACAAAGAGUCAAAUCAAAAGUAUUCCAUGAGAUUUAUGAUGAACUAAAUCAAAUAUUGAUUGAUCUUCAACAGGUUGAAGGUUCAUCAAUCUUUGAUCUAUUAGAAUAUUUGGAUUCAAUCAAAUUAAGAUAUGGAAUUGGUGAUUCAUUUCCAUAUAAGGCGCUAAACAGUAUAAUCGAUUAUAUCAUUACCGAUAUAUUUCGCAACCGAAGUCAUUGGAAAUACGAUUCAAAGUAUCAAUUAUGGCAUUUUUCAAGUUAUAUAACGUGA